AUGGAACACCAUUUUGGUCAAGACACUGCACAUGCAUCUGGGUCCUUUGAUAAGACUAGGGUUUUGAAUGUGAAGCCAUUAAGAACUCUUGUUCCUGUGUUCCCUUCACCAUCUAAUCCUGCUUCAUCUUCAAGUCCACAAGGUGGUGCCCCAUUUGUUUGUGUUUCUCCUUCUGGUCCUUUCCCUUCUGGGGUUGCACCCUUCUAUCCAUUCUUUAUUUCUCCAGAAUCCCAGAGGCUCUCUGAACAGAAUGCACCAACCUCCACUGGUCAACGUGUGCCUGCUACUCCGAUAUCUACUGCAGUUCCAAUUAAUUCAUUUAAGACACCAGCUGGAGCUGCAAAUGGUAAUGUGGGCUCAUCGCGAAAGACUACCCGAAGUCGUGGACAGGUCACAGUCACAGAGGAAGAUGGCUACAAUAAUGUUGAGAUAGUUGAAGUUGAUGGAGAUGAAGAAACUGGGACUGGGAGGUCAAAGCGCAAGUUGCAGAAGAAGAUGAAGGGACAGCAGAGUGGCGGUCCUGGUGAUAUUGAUCCAGAUGCAGUGGCUGCUGAUAUUCUCAAGUCACUUAACCCAAUGGUUUUUGAGGUACUAAAUCAACCAGAUGGUAGCAGGGACUCGGUUGCAUAUACACUCAUGAUAUAUGAAGUAAUGCGAAGGAAGCUUGGACAAAUUGAAGAUUCAAAUAGGGCAGCUAACUCUGGUGCAAAACGACCUGAUUUGAAGGCAGGUGCAAUUAUGAUGAAUAAAGGCAUUCGAACCAACAGCAAGAAACAUAUUGGACCUGUGUCUGGUGUUGAGAUUGGGGAUAUUUUCUUUUUCAGAUUUGAAUUGUGCCUAGUGGGUUUACAUGCACCAUCUAUGGCUGGAAUUGAUUACAUCGGUACCAAAACCAGUCAAGAGGAAGAGCCCUUAGCUGUGAGUAUUGUCUCAUCUGGAGGGUAUGAGGAUGAUGUGGAGGAUGGGGAUGUGCUGGUUUACAGUGGCCAAGGUGGGGUUAACCGUGACAAGGGAGCAAGUGAUCAGAAGCUUGAAAGGGGUAAUCUUGCUUUGGAGAACAGUUACAAAAGAGGUAACGAAGUGAGGGUAAUUAGGGGUUUGAAGGAUUUGCAACAUCCAACUGGGAAGGUAUAUGUCUAUGAUGGCCUUUACAAGAUUCAAGAUUCCUGGGUGGACAGAAAAACUGGCUUCAACGUAUUCAAGUAUAAAUUAUUCAGGCUGCCUGGACAGCCUCAAGCAUAUAUGAUUUGGAAAUCCAUUCAACAAUGGACGGAUAGAUCUGCUUCAAGAGCUGGGGUUAUAUUGCCGGAUCUUACUUCCGGGGCUGAAAAAGUACCUGUUUGUCUUGUGAAUGAUGUUGAUACUGAGAAGGGCCCUGCAUAUUUCACUUACCUCCCAAAUCUUAAGAAUUUGAGGCCAACUGCUCCUGUGGAAUCUUCUAUUGGAUGUUCUUGUGUUGGUGGAUGUCAACCUAACAAUUUAAACUGUCCUUGUGUUCAAAAGAAUGGAGGCUUUCUACCAUAUUCUUCAGCUUCAUUAAUUGCGGACCUAAAAUCUGUUAUAUAUGAGUGUGGUCCUUCUUGUCAAUGUCCUUCUAAUUGCCGAAACCGAGUUUCCCAAGUUGGCUUGAAGUUUCGGUUGGAGGUUUUUAAAACCAAGAAUAAAGGUUGGGCACUUAGAUCAUGGGAUGCUAUUCGGGCAGGAUCUUUCAUAUGUGAGUAUGCAGGGGAAGUCAUAGACAGUGCUAGAGUGGAGGAGGAGCUUGGUAGUGACAAUCUCAAUGAUUACAUUUUUGAUUCUACUCGCAUUUAUCAGCAACUGGAAAUUUUUCCUGGUGACACUGAAGCUCCAAAAAUCCCAUCCCCCCUAUAUAUAUCAGCAAUAAAUGAAGGGAAUGUUGCUCGGUUUAUGAAUCACAGCUGCUCUCCAAAUGUAUUAUGGCGUCCAGUCAUACAUGAAAAUAAGAAUAUGUCAGAUCUCCACAUUGCUUUCUAUGCUAUUAGACAUAUCCCUCCUAUGAUGGAGUUAACUUAUGAUUAUGGGACAGUUCUUCCUCUCAAAGCAGUUCAUAGGAAAAAGAAAUGCUUAUGUGGAUCUGUGAAAUGCAGGGGUUACUUUUGUUAA